AUGAGCUUCGAUACCAAAGUUCCCCAAGGACUAUUAGGUAGUGAGAUUAAGAGAAAAAUGGUUGCCUCUCAUGAUUUAGAUGAGAAGCCAUCCGUAGCAUAUAAAUCCCCAGACUAUGACCCAACCCAAGCACCACCGUACCUGAUGGAUCCCUAUUCCCAAGAAGUAGAUUCCCAGGACAACAUGUCCAUCAACCAAACACUCACCUCUACCCCCUCGUUUCCAAUCGCCAAACUCGUCAUUCCCACCAAAACAGAUUCUUUAGCCUCCGGCUUUCCUUUCCAUCAACGUCUCUACGAUUAUCGUGUUUCUCAUGAUGAAUGGCAUCUCUUCACGCACGAAAUUGUCAAAGCAGCUAGUCUCACUAUACAGGAGGACUGGGCAGCAUGGACCGCCGGUAUUUCUACCGGUGUAAUAAGUACUGGACUCCUCGUCUUCGGUGGUCCUUUUGCAGGGUAUUAUACCGGAAGAUCGGUUCAUAGAAAGAAAGUAGUUGAAAAGGUCAAAGAUGGAUUAAUGCAAGAAGGAAGUUUGAGAGCUACGCUGCAUAAAUGGAAUGAUCAGUCGUUCAGAGGUAAGGGUUUUCAGGCGUGGUUAGAACUACCCUCCGUUAAGGGCGAGAUCAAUGGAGAGAAUGAGGAGGAAAGGUCGAAUAAAAAGUGUAGUAAGAAGGAGAAAAACUUGAAGAAGAGGGAACAGAGAAGGUUCAGGAUUAUCAUUAUCCCUAAUGAUGCACCGAUGGGUAUGUUAAUGAGUAGCCAACAGUCGACUUGGAGUUUGGGGAAUGUGGGGUCGAAUCAAAGGAGUGGGAUUGCGGAGGCGCCUGAUACUGAACAAAGACAGCCGGCGGUCGCGGAACUUCCAUCAUAA